UCUUUCAGUUAUCAGCAUCACUGCCACACUUUACAGUAAUGUUACAAACUAGAACUUCCGGUAGAUACGUUAUAAAAUACAUCGCUCGCGAACAGCCAAUAAACCAUUAGCAAAUACCAUGCACUCUAGCACGCAAUAUCUUACUCAGUAUUGUAAGGCAAUUGAACCAUUUCACGAAGAAAGUAUGAUACGUUUUUUUUGUGCUGUUCACUAUCUUGUGUACCCCAAAGUAAAUAAUACUCUUAUUUUAAAAAAGAAAAAACGUAUUUCCGUUAUUCGUCUGGUUAACUCUAGCCUAGACGUUGCCUUGAUGCAGGCAACCGUCGCUAGCUAAACAAACAUGGCUCUGCUACAUUGUCAGACAACGGACCUUAAUGAUACGUAGACAAAUAAAAAGGGAAAUAUGCGACGAUUAAUAAGAAGCGUACCAAGUCUAAAUCUGUAGAUGGAGAGCUGAUAUAUUAUUAAGUUUGUUAGCUUAGCUUAGCCUUUUGUGACCGUGUUUACACAUUGCUAGCUCUCCAGUUGGCUAAUGUAAGCUAGCAAAAUGGACCUUGGAACAAUGUUGUACAACAAUUUAAAAGAUGUUACAUGGAGCACGACGUCCCUGCCAUUAGAUCAACUUGUCAGUGCUUAUAGGUUGCCUCAAAUUGUCAAGCUGGAUAACGGUCAGUUGGUUGAAGGGCUCAGAGACAAUGACUACCUCUUGAUUCAUUCCUGCCGUCAGUGGACGACUAUUACUGCUCACAGUCUGGAGGAGGGACACUAUGUCAUUGGGCCCAAAAUAGAGAUCCCAGUGCACUAUGAAGGUCAGUUUAAGCUACUGGAGCAGGACAGAGAUGUCAAGGAGCCUGUGCAGUACUUCAACAGCGUGGAGGAGGUCGCCAAAGCAUUCCCAGAGAGGGUAUACGUCAUGGAAGAAAUCACUUUCAAUGUUAAGAUGGCUUCGGGGGAAUGCAAUGAAGACACCGAAGUUUACAACAUUACACUAAGCACCGGUGAUGAACUGACAUUAAUGGGCCAGGCUGAGAUCCUAUAUGCUAAGACCUCCAAAGAAAAAUCAAGAUUCAACACCAUUUUUAAGAAGAUUGGGAAGCUAAACUCCAUCAGUAAGAUUGGUCGAGGCAAGAUGCCUUGCUUGAUCUGCAUGAACCAUCGCACCAAUGAGAGCAUCAGCCUGCCUUUCCAGUGCAAAGGCAGGUUCAGCACCUGUAGUCCACUGGAGCUUCAGAUGCAGGACGGCGAGCACACCAUCAGGAACAUUGUGGAGAAAACCCGUCUCCCGGUCAAUGUCACAGUACCCAGCAGUCCACCCCGCAACCAGCACGACCUCCACCUCAUCCGUGAGGGUCAUCGCUACAAAUUGGUCAACAUUCAGACGAAAACAGUGGUUGUGUGCUGCAUUCUGCGAAGCAACAAAAUUAUCCCCAUCCAUUUUCCCUUUCAUAUGGCCAUGCCUAGAUUUAUUAUUCCAGAGGAACUGCUGCAAGGCGAGUUGUGGCUAGACACUAUGGUACACCGCUGGAUCUCCUUCUGCCAGGAGCAGUUUGACAUAGACGACUAUUCUCGCGCCGUCCGGGAUGUGCGGACAGACUGGAACGACGAUGGUAAGAGCCCUAAGAAAAACAGUGGGAACGGUAGCUGCUGUGGAAGCAGCGGAGGCAGCGGCAGCUCCAACGGGUGUCUCAACCACAUGCAGAUUCCCAGCUCUUUAACUUACGCCCGGGAUGAACUCACCCAGUCCUUCCACCGACUAUCUGUGUGUGUGUACGGCAGCAACCUGCACGGUAACAGUGAGGUCAAUUUGCAGGGCUGUAUGACACUAUGUGGAGAUUGGGCUCUCCUGCCCUCCGAUAGCAUCCCCUCAGACUCAGGAGAAAAUGAACACUUUUUCCCCGAGCUGUUGGAUAGCACAAACCAACAACCGUCCCUCAACAAGUCGGACGUUCCCUAUGAGGAGCUGUGGUUGGAUCACUUGAGAAGUCAGAUCCCAAAACCUUCUUUAAGUGAGGAAAUUCGAGGCAUCAACAGUGGCUGUGGUACAACCGCAGCCCUGUCAUACCCAGACACUUGUCCUCUCGGGGCAGUAACCAGUUCAGAUGUGUCUCUUACUCCACCACCGGUCCCACCCAAGUCUGAAGCUGUGAAGGAAGAAUGCCGUCUUUUGAAUGCCCCACCAAUUCCUCCACGGAGUUUGAAACAGAUGCCAUCAGUGCCCAUCCUGUCAAAGCCACGGCAGCAAGAGACACGGUCUCCAAGUCCAACCCUCUCCUAUUACUCUUCUGGUCUCCACAACAUUAGUGGAGCAUGUGAGCAAGAGGCGGCCGACCCACAAGAGCAAAGUCACGUGUGCUACCCCUGUAACUGGGGUAAAUCCAACAGCACUGAGCCAAAUGCUACGUUGCCCAGUGGUAGCCUGCCAUCGGAUGGGAUGUCCUCCAGGUUGUCUUGGCCAAAUAACUUCAGUGGAGGAGAAACCCAUGGCAUGGAGGAAUUUCUGCCAGCCAGCUGUCGAAGCUACUACAGUUACCCCAGAAAGAGAUCCCCGAGCACCCCAAAAACCUGUACAUCCAGCCUUGUUGACUUUGAUGGCCGAGAGCACGCACACAGCAGCAAGGACUUCAGGUUGCAGAAAGCUUCUCUGAAUCAGUUCUGCGCCAAAUCUUCAAGUUACAAUUCAGAAAUGUACAGAGACAAGCCGAUAGAAGAAUCUAACACUAAGCAGAGCCUCUCUUGCCCCAUCUUACCGCCAAGAACGCCAAAAUCAAAUGCCAUAAAGACGUGCACAGAUUUACUGUCAGGAUCAGUCUGUGACAGUGAGCAGGAAACUUCAAAUUGCUCACUUGCUCAACAUGAGCAGGGCACAAAAGAGAUAUAUUCCAUCUCUGACUCAUUAACUCCUAACUGUCCAUCCUUUUCUCCCACUGCACAGUGGCAGCCCCCGUCCAGUCUGGCUGGUCUUUCUAUUGAAGAGGUGUCCAAAUCUCUGAGGUUUAUUGGCCUGCCAGAUGACAUUGUUUCUCUUUUUGUGUCUGAGAAGAUUGAUGGGAAUUUACUCCUGCAGCUCACUGAGGAGAUUCUGUCUGAGGACUUCAAGCUAAGCAAACUGCAGGUGAAGAAACUCAUGCAGUUCAUAAAUGGGUGGAGACCCAAGAUAUAACUAACAGUAUGUGACACUAAAUCUUGUUAUAAAGCAGAGAAAGUCAUGCCUUCAGUAUAUAUGCUAUGCACACCAAGCCACAAAGAGUUUCUCUUUGUAUAAUAUGAAUUUAUUUCCUUUUACUAUAUUGCGGGUAAUAUUUCCCAGCCCACAGCAGUCUAUGACUGUUAUUUACUUACUGAAUGGAAUCAUUUGGCACUUUCAACCCUAACCCCUCACCCAAAGCCUACAAGUGUUCAUGUUGUUACACAGAUCCUAAUUUAAGCCACCAAAUUUAAAGGAAAACACUGAUGUGACAAGGAGAGGAAAACAUAAUUAAGAGCUUCCUUGAUGAGGACAUUGUAUGAUUCUGUUCUUAAAGGGGAUUUUUAAAAGAGCACAAAACCAAGAGGUAUGUAGUAUAGUACAAGUUGAUUAUUUACCAAAUGAAAAAAUUAUGUAAAAACACAUUUCGAUUUUAUAGUGGAUACACAGUUGGAAAUCUGGAUUCGGCAACCCCCUCCCAAGCAUGCAAUCAUAUGAUGUACGCACAGUUUUUUGUUUUUUGUAUGGGAUUCAUUCCUGCACCUUUUACACAAGGCCAGGGAUGUGAUAGAGAAUGUUGCUGCAAGUGCAUUUCUAAACAUGAAUCAAAACAGUCAGUUUAAUUCACUACUGUUGAACGAAGUCAAGACCUGUUUACCGCUAACCGGUAUUAAGAUAUACUUUUGUUCUUUCAAAAAUCUACCCUUUUGAGCUUCCUAAGCUGUAUGUUUGGUCUGCAUCAGUGAACAGUCUGUGGUAUCAUACUGAUGUUCACUUCAUUAGAAAAUGAAUUGGGAAAAAUGAGACUAGGGGAGCUGUGACAUUACAGAAUAUGAUUUCAUUUUACAGCUCUAAAUAGAUUUUUUUUUUAUAAAUCCUUUAAUUUUUGAAGACAGGUAUGUUGGAUAAAAACAAAAACAUCAGCUGUUAAUGUAACUGAAGAAGCAGGUGUCUGUCCAUCAAUCAGACAUCCGGUAAGACUGUUGGUUUACCAUCGACUUUUAGAAGAUAAAGUGUUGCAUACAUUUAAAACUUCUGGACUUUGUUGGCCAUCAGAAAUCCCAUCUGCAUUCUUGGUGUGAUAUUCUACUUCACGGAACUAUGCUACUAAGAGCGAGCCAAAUCAAAUGAUUAUCAUGGUCUCUCAUGUGCUGAAGAUGUUGUAUGUGUCAACUCUACUUAUGCAAGGUCUUAUUUCUGUUUGAUGCCUUUUUAAUCUAAAGUUGAAUUCAGCUAUAUUACUACUGGCAUUAACCUAAAAUAUCUCUGUUAAAAACAACUUGAGUUUAUUUGACUAAAACUGAAAAAGACUGACUGAGGCCUAACAAAAUGAUGUCCUUACUCUAAAACUAACAUUUAAAAAACAGAGAUAACGGACCAUGACGUUCUACAUAAAAUACAAAUAAUGCAUCAUGCACUUUGGCUGAUUUCAGCCUGAUUAACUGCAGUUAAGGUCAUUAAAUAUAAACCUAUAAAAGAGUGUCUAUGUAUAGAGUGAAUGAACUACAUGCCUUUUUAAAACUAAAAUGGUACUUCUCCUUUGUUCUCAUUGUAUGUAUUGUAAGUGUCCUCUAAUGCAAGAAACAAAAAAAAAAACAAAAAAAGCUUUUCUGCGCUUUAACCCAGAGACCUUAAAAUAUAUAAUAUUUCACUUUGGCUUAACAUUUUCAUGUAGUCAGCCUCUUGUCUUGAGAAUAUACUCACACAUAAACAUCGCUACGUGAGCAUCCGGAUGCAUGUAUUUCCUGGCACCCUGAGAGACAUGUAUGCUAAAAUUGAUAAUGAUCUGCUAAAAUGAAAUAUUGGUUUAUAUUGGUACCAAACUUUUUUUUCCUAGAUUCAGAGUUGAUUUAUUUAUGCAGCUAUUUAACUCAUUUAACAUAAUGCAAAAAUAUGCAGAAUAGACCGUUUGUAUGGCUGAUAUAUGAAGGUGCCUCAGCAAUAACAGCCUUACCACAACCCAGGUCUGAUCUGUUGGCCAACAGCUGUUGUUUUUUUUCCCCACUGACACUUGUUGCAGUGGGGUGUUACAUAUUUUACUUAAUAUUUUUUAUUUUUUAUGCAAGUGCAAAUUUAUUGUAAUUUUUUUUUUUUAAAGAAAGUGAUUACUAAUGUUGAAAUUAUUUUUAUUGAGAAAAAAAGCUUAUGUUCAAAUUUCUGUUUUUGUAUUCCGUACAACACUUAGGCCACGAGGAAAACCCUGCAAGCUUCAGUCACACUACAUGGACAGUGAGCCAAAAAAUAAUGUUAAUAAGCCACUUGUCCAGAUAAUUUUCCAGAAUUCCUUGUAACUUCGUCACAUUAUCCACAUUUUUUAUGGAGAAUGGCAUGUGUCCCUUGACACUAUUAUUACUGUAUAUGGUGGUUAAUGUCCUAUGCAAUACGCUGCAAAGAGACCAAGGGAAGAAACAACUAAGCAAUGCAGUGACAAUAAAAGGCAAUGGAGUAUAUGUAUAUUGAAAUUGCCAGUGUUAAUUUCAGGGGAAUGAAAAUCCAAAGGAAUUCUCCAUCAAUCUCCAGUCAAUCAUUAUACUUGAAUAAUUCUGAGAUGUAAACUGUGAACACACUACAACAACUGACCCAGUCCCAUUAAUACACCAUCAUCAACCAGUUAAUACGAAAGGGUAUUCCAUCUUGAUAAAACCUGUCAACUCUGGACUGAGGCCUACAUGAAUUAUUGCCAUUUCCUGUGCAAAAAGGAGAGAAUUGACUGUGACAAUGGGUUUGAUAACAUUAUAUUGGUCAGCAUUACUGAAAUCUUGAGUUAUGGACAGUUAUCUUUCAACUCAACUCGUUUCCCUAUUUUUGAUUGUAUAAUCUAUUAAAAAUGGAUUAACUGAU